AUGGAAAACUUGUUGCUUUCAGGGCUUAUAGAAGCUUAUGCUCACAUUAUAGGGAGCAAUCUGAAACUAGAUUUAGAGUUGUGUGGUGUAGGAUGGGGUUUGAGAGAUGAGAAAGGAUUGGUGAAGUGGGACGUGCCAAAGAAUCCUAUGUUUAGGUCUCAUCUAGAACCAGAGGCUGCGGCAAUAUUAAUGUGGAUUAGCAAUUUUGAUAAUGAAAGUGAUUCUGAAAUGCUAAUCAAGGUUUUAGAGAAUCCUCAAGAAGGGCCAAAACUACAUACAUUCACAAUGGAAGUGCUUGGUAGUUGCUACAAGAAGAUGGUUUCAGCCUGCUUUUAUUCCUUUGGAGGAUGA